GCCCCUGACGAAUACACCGGAAGUAAACACUGAAACGUACGGAUUCCGUAACGUACUCAGGAGGGGGUUCGUUCCUUGGACUUUUACCUACUUAUGUUGUUGUUCUUUUGAUUCUGUACCUGAUUUUUUUUUGAUCGGCGUCGAGUAUGAGCGCGAUUCUUCCGCGGAUCGAGCAGCUGUCCGCCAGAGUGAUCCGGGUUUUGGGCUGCAACCCGGGACCGAUGACCCUGCAGGGAACCAACACUUACCUGGUCGGCACAGGCAAAAGGUGAGAGUUCAUCUCUCUCUCUUUUAUAACGACAAGCUGAUUAAAUGUCUUUUCUUCUUCUGAGUAUCUGUAUUUGAAAGGAAUUCGUUGUUAAAAACGCACCGCAUACAUUUUUUUCCUCAUAGCCCCAUGUUAGCAGAUGGAAAAGAACCAAACUCCAUUCAAAAAACACCGAAUUCAACGUUUUCUGGCUUGUAGCUGAAAACAGACAGAAUAUAAAGUAAGACUGAUUCUGUAAACGGAACUACUAAUAUCUACUAGUAUAUUUGGCUGAUGCAGAUGAUGAGUAUCAAUACACGGGUUUAUGGUAUCACUAGACUUUUACAAUAAUGAUCUUGAGAGUCUAAUUUUGGCACUUAUUCAAAGCCAGUAUGUUGAGUAAAGACAGGGAAAUAUGUUGAUCUAAGUCUUGGUAUGCUUGUUUUGUGAAAAAAUGUGAAUUAACGUGGUCUUUUUUGUUUGUUUUGUGGGUUUGAAAAUAUGACAUAUUGAACUGUAAAAAGGCAUGUUGGCCUGCAGCUGUUGUUUAUUUUUAUUGAAAGAGGGGCAGACUCUAUAAGAGUUUUUUUCUUUCUGCUCCUUUUUAUUCACUUUUGAGAUUUUUCCUUGUUUGUAUUGAAAGUUUUAAAUAUCAACUGAAGGUAAUAAAGUAUGAAAAUGAAAAAUGAAAUUUCAUUGCUUCAUGAAAAAUAUAAACAUCAUCUCAAUAUUGCAUUGUGUCUUCUUUUAGCAACACUGUGUAAACCUUAAAGAACCAAUAAGGAGUUUUUUUUUAAGUGAAAUAUUGGAUUUACAAUUGUGUGUGUAUAAUGUGUGUUUAUAUUUCAGGAGAGUGCUCAUAGACACCGGAGAAGCUGCUGUUCCUGAGUACAUCAGCAGUCUGAAACAGGCCCUGAAGCAGUUCAACACCAGCAUCCAGGAGAUCAUCCUCACACACUGGCAUCAUGACCACACUGGCGGAGUGGAGGACAUCUGCAGGGACAUCACGGGUACGAAGGUCUCAGCUCAAGUUUCUUUGUUCUUGUGUUGCUGUGUUGUUUUCAGAAAUUGAAAAUACCUCUCCGUUCUCCUCACAGGCUCUGACGUUCAGGUCAGCAAACUUCCUCGCUCCAGUAACAUCUCAGAGACGGCUGGGAACAAAAGCUUCACUUACCUGAAGGACGGAGAUGUGGUCCAGACAGAGGGCGCCACACUAAAGUGAGUCAGGUUUUAAGUGUUGUUAAUGAGCACAGAGCUUUUCAAACAGAGAACCGUGUCAAAUAUCUGUUUUUUUAGAGUGCUCUUCACACCAGGCCACACCGACGACCACAUGGCACUGCUGCUGGAGGAGGAGGGGGCGGUCUUCUCGGGAGACUGCAUCCUGGGUGAAGGUACGGCCGUGUUUGAGGAUCUCUACGACUACAUGAAAUCUUUAAAGAUCCUCCUGGAUGUUCGAGCUGAUCUCAUCUACCCUGGUGAGUAAAAAGUAGAGAAAAUGUGUGGCAUAUUCACACCUGAAGGCUGCCCAAUCAAGUCCAGUCCACAACCGCGCUGCUUUCCCUGUGCAGGUCAUGGCCCCGUGGUCCAGGAUGCCGGCUCUAAGAUCAGUUACUACAUCAGCCACAGAGACCAGAGAGAGCAGCAGAUCCUGGCAGCUAUUCAGGAUGGGGCGGGAAAGCCUUUCACCUCCAUGGAGCUGGUCAAGAUCGUCUAUAAGGUCAGAACAAGAUCUCUUUGAAUGUUUUUGCAGUUAUGUUCAGAAACUUCAGAAACAGAGAUGAAUGUGGCGACGCUAAUUUAUGAUAGUAGAAAUAAAACAAGGCUUUGGACGUGAUCCCAAGAUAUACUGCACCAGAUCAUUGAUGCUUUUAUAUAAUGAUGCAUUUAUAUUCACAUCCAUGUGGUAUUUUGUUACAGACUUUUUUUUUGACUCUGUAACUUUUUUUUGUUACAGAAGCGGAAACAAGAUGGCUGCAUCUACGAAAGUUAUUUUAGCACUUGCCUUGUCCAAAUAUAUAAGGCAGGAAAAUACUUCUCCGAUCUCCUUACAGGCAAAGCUAUUUUAGCGCUUGCCUUGUCCGAAUAGCGCUAAAAGUCAAGCGCUAAAAUAACUUUCGUAGAUGUAGCCAUCUUGUUUUACACCUCCAAUUUUGCUUUUUUACUUAGUAACUGAAACGCUGGUUACUCGGGUGUGACGUCAUUUUCAGCUCAGUGCUCUGACUUCCGAGGUAACUCAAACGCAGUGUAAUUAUACUUUAUCUUAUUUUGCUGUAUUGUAGCUAACAUGUCAUAUCAAAUUGUGAUUUAAUACAUUGUGUAUCGUUUAAUGUAUUGAAUAUUAUGCUGUGUCCUAUCUUUUUGUAUCGUACACAUUAUCGUUUCACACUGUAAUAAUCGUAUCAUAUGAUUUUCUUUCAUGAAACACAAUUGUUUCCUGCCCAAUUACUCCAUAGUCUAUUAAAUUGUAACCCUUGUAUCACACAGUACCGUACUGUAUUGAAUGAUAUUGUACCAAAUAGUAUCAUAUCGUCCACUUUAAAUUGUAUUGUGUUUCAUUAUACAGAUUUUAAUAUAUAGUAUCGCUUUAAAUUAUUGGAACUUACAGUAUGGAGUAUAGAGUAUCAUCGUGUCAUAUCUUUAUGUUUUAAUAGGUACUGUUUGGUAAAGUACCUUUUUGAAUCUUAUUGUUUUAUUUUAUUUGUGACUGGUAACACUUGAUUCAUCUCGUCUAGGACACCCCUGAACAUCUGCACCCAGCAGCUAAUGUGAACCUGGUCCAUCACUUAAAGAAACUGGAGAAAGAAGGAAAGAUCACCUUCGGUACGUCACCCUCUACCACGACUGUAGAACAUCCUGGGAUGAUAUCAGAGCAUCAGACUCAGCGCUGAAAUCUAAACCCUUAAGGGAGACCUUUCCCGCUCUGCAGAGACAGUUUUCUGUUAUUUAGAUUCCAGCAAAGUUAUCUGUUGCUGAAAAUUGAUUGAAUUUCUUUUUGGUUGAUUUAUAAAAGUAGGGUUUGUAGUCAAAGACUUUAAACUCAAGUAUAAUAACAGAAACUUCUCUCCCCCUCAGUGAACGACGCUCCACAGGACGUCAAGUGGAGGAGUAACCUGUGAUUUCCACUGAAGCCACAAAGAAAUUAUCUUUCCUCGAUCAUUUGGUGAUUCUUACUAAAUUCUCAAUCGAACUGUGAUUGACAGAUAAGUGAAUGAGGACAAAGGGGCUGGGGGGUCACACAUGCUGUCUUGGAUGUUUCCUGACUCUGAUUAGGCUGAAGUACACUAACGGCUGAUUCAGGUCCCUGAUUUUGGUGCUGUGUGAUUUCCUAGGAUCCCCUGUUAAUGUGACCUGCACUUUUCAGGAGUUCAAUAUAGAGCAAUCUUUGAGUGAAUCUUGAUUUGGGAAUCAAAUAUUUUUAAUAUAAGUCUGUGGUGUCCAGGGAUCCCACAAUAAUGAUAGUAUUCUGGUUCAGUUUGACACACUGUCAGCUGAGUUUUCUGGGAGUUUUUUUUAGAGUGAUCGGUGGCAUUCGAAAGCGCAGUAGUGUCAUGUUAUAUCACGAAUCAGGAGAAAGAAAGGUCCAGGAUUGAUGGUAUUAAACAGAUUUAAUGAGGCAUUUAUCUUUCCUGUUUAUUCUUUAUCUGGACUCUUGCAGAUUUUUAUGUAUUUAUUUUUUUUAAAUUGAAGUUUGGAAAGGAAACCUUAUGCUGCGUUUGCCCCUUUGUGAAGCCAGGGGUCGACUUUCCCUGAAUUAUUGGCUCUUUGAAUGAGUUAAUGUUGAGCUAAUUGUGUUUACAUUGGGAUCCUGUGCAAAGUAAUAAUUUGUAUUUUGUUCAGGAAGCAUUUAUUUACUUCCUCUUCAUGGACACUGGAUCAGUAGAGUAAUGAAAAAUAAAACCUAUUUUGUUGAAUCUUCAGAGACUAUAACAGCAGACGGUGUAAAUCUUUAUUAAGACCAACAUUCAGACUUAAUUUCAGCAGUAAAGUUGUUAAAACAUAAAACUGUUUCCUUUUAUCUGACCCUGAUAUUAACGCACUUGUAUUUAAAAGGCUGCUGUAACACUUCAGUCAGACACUAGGUGGCACUAUCUGCUUAUACUGACAGAACAUGAACAGCAGAUAUAAAAAUACAAACAUAAAUCUGUUAAAAUGACUAUAUAUUAUGAACGUGACUGUGUAAUCAUGGUAUUUUUUUAAUCUAAAUAAUUAACGCUGUCUAUUUUCAGGCAGUGAGUCAAAACUAUCUUAUUUUGCAAGAAUACUUGAACAUAUUGAGGUAUAACUUCUAUAAAUGUUAAUAUAUCAUCAAUAAAAUCUCUGUAAACAUCAUUAAGCAGGUGAAUCUGCUCUAAGUUAAACCAACAUUAUAAACCAGCUUUCAAAUGAGUAACCUCUGUGAACUUUUGACCUAUUUGCAAGUCGAAUCUGUUUUCAUAAUGACUAAUAUCUCUCAUGCAGUCUGACAUUUCUGGGGGUUGUUUUAUAUUAUCACAUACAGAGUUAUCAUGUCGCCUCUGUGGGUUUUUCUGUGUAACUUGAGCAGCUUCAUUGGAAUGACCUGCCUGUUUGAAGCAAACAUCGCUGAACUUCGCCACAGUGCCACAGAAACAGACCAGAUAACACAUCAGCUGAAUGCACUGUGCACACAUAAACUACAAGACCAUUUCUGCACAUUUAAAAGACGAGCAAGGCACCACCUCUUCUGUCGCUGCAUUCUCGCAAUUUUUUUUGUUUUGUUUUAACAUUUAUUUUUAAAAAAUCACACUUGGAAAUAUGGUGGCCCCAAAGGCGAACUGCACUAACAUUUGACUGAACUGAACCCAAAAGUUUAACCAAACACAAAAAUAUUUUACUGAACAUAAAAAUUCUAAUUCAAUGCUAAAUUUAUUUCACCAAACACAAAAACUUCUCAUUAAAUACAAAAUGAACAAAUAAAUGGAGGUAAAUGGAAUCCGGAAAACAUUUCAUAGAACAAAAAAAAAAAUCAAUGACAGCUGGCAAAUCACAAAAAAAAUUCAGUGAAACACUCAAAAAGCAUUAACGAUACAAAAUGUUGUUUUUUUGAUUUUGAUUUUUUUUGGUUUUCAGUCGUAAGUGAAAUAAACAUUUCAGCUCCAAAAUUUUUUUAAUUUUUCUUGGUCAUAAUUUGUGGUUACAGGCAUUAAAGGGUUAAAUGACUACAGAAUAAUUUCACAAAAAGCACUCAUAUUAAAUUAAAUUCAAUACUUUGAGUUUCAAAUUUGAGAUUCAUGUAUUAGAUAACAUUUUUGCAUUUCAUUAAAUAUUUUUGUUCAGUGAAAUGGUUUUGUGAGUAAAUGUUUUUACAUUUCCUGAAA